AAUAAAAUACGUAUUUGUUCCGUUCUCGGCCGUCUUGCUCUCGCCCUCGAACAGAGAAGAGAGAGAUAGAAGCGGUUGCGUCGGCGGAAGACGAGAUGAAGGUCUUCGUGAAGACUCUCAAGGGCACCCACUUCGAGAUCGAAGUCAAGCCCGAAGACACUGUUGCUGAAGUUAAAAGAAUUAUUGAGAGUGCUCAAGGGCAGAGUGUUUACCCGGCUGAACAGCAGAUGCUCAUACAUCAAGGGAAAAUUCUGAAGGAUGAUUCAACAUUGAAUGAUAAUAAAGUUUCUGAAAAUAGUUUCAUAGUUAUAAUGUUGAGUAAGAUCAAGGGCUCCACAAGUGGAGCUUCAACCGCUACAAAGGCACCUGCAAAUCAGGUAAAAGAGGCCCCAUCCACUAAUACUGUGCCACCUAUCCCUUCAAUGCCAGCAUCAGCUCUACCUCAAGCACCUGCCACAAUGUUGGCUUCGGUUCCUGCAAGUGCACCUACUCCAACUGCCACAGCUGCCCCAGCUUCUGCAGUUACUGUGUCCACUGAAGUAGAUGCAUACGGUCAAGCGGCAUCUAAUCUUGUUGCAGGCAAUAACUUAGAAAAAACCAUCCAACAGAUUCUUGACAUGGGUGGGGGGACCUGGGAGAGGGACACUGUUGUUCGUGCUUUGCAUGCGGCAUAUAACAACCCUGAAAGGGCUGUUGAAUAUUUAUAUUCAGGUAUUCCUGAACAUGUUGAGGCCCCGCCUGUGGCCCAAGCACCUGCAACUGGGCAAGCUGCCAGUUCCCCAGUCCAGGCUCCACAACCUGUUCAGCCUGCAGUUCCUUCCAGUGGACCUAAUGCUAAUCCUUUGGACCUCUUUCCUCAGGGUCUUCCGAAUGUGAGGUCAGGUGCAAGCAGCCUUGAUUUUCUUCGUAAUAGUCCACAGUUCCAAGCCUUUAAGGCGUUGGUGCAGGCAAAUCCUCAAAUCCUACAGCCCAUGCUUCAAGAGCUGGGGAAGCAAAAUCCGCUAGUUAUGAGGCUCAUUCGAGAACAUCAAGCUGAAUUCCUUCGCUUGAUCAAUGAACCUGCUGAGGGAGAAAGCAAUUUAUUAGGUCAGUUAGCUGCCGAAAUGCCUCAAGCCCUUACAGUCACUCCAGAGGAACGUGAAGCCAUUGAACGUCUUGAGGCAAUGGGCUUCGAUCGGGCACUUGUGUUGGAGGUCUUCUUUGCCUGCAACAAGAAUGAGGAGCUGGCAGCAAACUAUCUUUUGGAUCAUAUGCAUGAGUUUGAAGACUGAUCGUUAAGGUAUACUUGAACACAAGUUCAUUCAAUCCUACCCACAGUGGUGUGUUAUGUCAAUAUCAGUUACAGGUUAAAUAACCCCCAACCCCCCAUGUCCAGUGUAUGGUUAACCUAUAUGAUGUGUCCGGAAACUAUUAUUGUGUAUAAAGAUUGCUCUUUGGAUCAUUUCUGGCUAUAUUGUUUCUUUCCCUUCUAAGAAAGUAAAGAAUUUCGUAGAAUAAUCAUGAAUCUGCAAUCAUAAUAUUACGAGUUGCUCAUUUAAAUGA